AUGGACGGUCUUCCAAGUUUCAAAUCUGCGGCCCUGGCAGUGUUGAUAUCGAGCCAAUUUUCCACCGCCGCCCCGACUGCUGCCCGAUUCGCCAAGCGAAGCGUCACAGAGCUUGGUGAUGCCUACGACUACAUUGUCGUUGGCGGUGGUCUGAGCGGUUUGGUAGUUGCCAACCGCUUAACGGAAGAUCCUGAUGUAUCUGUUCUCGUUGUUGAAUAUGGCGAGUUUGAUAAUACCUGGGACGUCGCCAUUCCGUACUACGCCGCCAACAAUCAUCCCAACGACAUGAUUCAGGUCUCGUCCAUCCCGCAGCCCGGUCUCAACAACAGGACCUCUGGAGUGCAGACGGGUACGGUAGUAGGAGGCGGAUCCACUGUUAACGGCAUGGCUUUCGAUCGGGGGUCAAAGGCCGACUACGAUGCUUGGGCGGAGCUUGGAAAUCCCGGCUGGGAUUGGGAAAGUCUUUUUCACUAUUUCAAAAAGUCUACAACAUUCCAUCUUCCUGCUCAAGAGUACGUUGACAGAUGGAACUUCUCCUAUGAUCCGAACACCUACGGGGAUGGUCCCAUUCAGGUCGGCUUUCCUUCAUGGCAGUGGCCCGACAGAGGUAUGUUCGCCCUUAUAUUGCUCAUUCACAAUAGAGAAGCUUGGAUCAAGGACCUUGGUGUACCUGUUCUUGAUGACCACGGUGCUGGCGGCAACAAUGUCGGGCUAGCUCAGCUUCCCCAAAAUCACGAAGCGAAGAACGUCACUCGUUCUACUUCCAGAACCGGCUACUACGAUCCCAUUGCGGAGAGUCGCAAAAACUUGAACUUGCUCAUUAAGCACUACGCUUCCAAGGUGGAAUUUGAGAACAAGAAAGCCAUUGGCGUGAACAUCAUCUCCCGUGAUAGCGGCGAAAGCUCCCUUAUCAAAGCAAACAAGGAAGUCCUUUUGGCCGCUGGUGGGGUCCAAACACCUCGGAUCCUUCAGCAGAGCGGUGUUGGCCCUGCUGCGCUGCUCGAGUCCCUUGGCAUCGACGUCGUUGCCGAUCUUCCUGGUGUGGGUGCAAACUACCAGGAUCAUCCAUGGAUGCUGGCUUUGUACAACUAUGGAAACCCCCCUGAACUCGGCAACGAGGCCAUGAACGAUCCUGCGUUCUUCAACGCCUCCGAGGCCGAAUACUUUGCGAACCGGACAGGACCAUUCACUCACGCCCGUGGAAACAACAUCAUCUUCCUUUCCCUUCAAGAUCUCACUCCUGACUAUGAGGCCCUGACAGCAACUAUCGAAGCCCAGGAUGCCAAGGACUUCCUUCCCCAGAUCUACAGCGACCAUCAAGAGCUUCUUGACGGUUUCCUUGCGCAACGUCAAGCUCUCGCCAAGGCUUUCCGAAACCCUGAGUCCGGCGUCUUGGAAAUUCCUUUUGGAGGCUUUGCCGGCGGUGGAAUUGCCUUCCAAAAGCCCCUCUCCCGCGGCACUAUCACGAUUAACACUACUAACCCCGACCCUGCCACGCCGCCUGUCGUUGACUUUGGUGUUCUGCAAAAUCCUGCCGAUCUUGAGAUGCUUGUGCUGAGCGUUAAAGUUAUGAGGAAGUUCAUGAAUAGCGAGACGAUUUCCGUUCGUGAGCCUGUCGAAAUUCUCCCUGGAGGCAACAUCACGAGCGAUGCGGAUAUUGCACAGGCUGUGAGGAACUCACUUUUCGCUAGUUUUGCUCAUCCUAGCGGAACAGCAAGCCUGUUGCCCCUCGAGCAUGGUGGUGUCGUUGAUCCUACCCUUCGCGUCUACGGUGUUGAUGGCCUACGAGUGGUUGACGCUAGUGUAAUCCCACUGAUUCCAGCCUGUCAUCUGCAGGCUACUGUGUAUGCGGUCGCCGAGAAGGCUGCUGAUCUAAUCAAGGGAAUUUGA